AUGUGGUUCUAUCAGAAGGUGCAGCCAACACCAAGGCCAGGUAGUCGCUGGGGAUACCUUAGAAAUGUGGGGAGGCUUCUAGGGCAAGAGGCCCUGCUAGUACUGGAAGAUGAAGAGGGACUGGCAAUAAAGAAUAGCUGGCACUGUUCAAAACAGUAUAUGAAUACUUUAGCUAAGAAAAAGGCUCCCUAUUCCCUUAAUCCACACCUAGAUACCUCCACCCCCACCAGACAUCUUAAAGUGGACACACCAGGCAUGUGUCAACAUAUGAAGAUUCCAAAACAUGUCUUACCAGGCUACUCCCUAUAG